CUUUAUUCAACAAUCAAUAAGAUGAACAUACGCAGAAGUACAUUCCCCAUCAUUCUACCAUGUGGUUACGGUCUCUGGUCAAACAGUUAGAGCGAGGGGAAGCCUCUGUGGUCGAUCUUAAGAAGAACCUGGAAUAUGCAGCAACAGUGCUAGAAUCUGUGUACAUUGAUGAAACAAGGAGGCUUCUGGAUACAGAGGAUGAGCUUAGUGACAUUCAGUCAGAUGCUGUGCCUUCUGAGGUCCGAGACUGGCUGGCCUCCACCUUCACACGACAGAUGGGGAUGAUGCUAAGGAGAAGUGAUGAGAAGCCCAGGUUCAAGAGCAUCGUCCAUGCAGUGCAAGCUGGGAUAUUUGUGGAGAGAAUGUAUAGGCGGACAUCAAACAUGGUUGGGUUGAGUUAUCCACCAGCUGUUAUUGAUGCGUUAAAGGAUGUGGACAAAUGGUCCUUCGAUGUCUUUUCUCUCAAUGAUGCCAGUGGAGAUCAUGCGCUGAAGUUCAUUUUCUAUGAAUUACUCACUCGCUAUGACCUGAUCAGCCGUUUUAAGAUCCCCAUUUCUGCACUUGUCUCAUUUGUGGAGGCCCUGGAAGUGGGGUACAGCAAGCACAAAAACCCUUACCAUAACCUGAUGCAUGCCGCUGACGUCACCCAGACUGUGCAUUACCUCCUCUAUAAGACAGGAGUAGCAAACUGGCUGACAGAACUGGAGAUCUUCGCAAUAAUCUUCUCGGCUGCCAUCCAUGACUAUGAACACACCGGAACUACCAACAAUUUCCACAUUCAGACCCGGUCGGAUCCAGCUAUCUUGUACAAUGACAGAUCUGUGCUGGAGAAUCACCACUUGAGUGCAGCUUACCGCCUUCUGCAGGAAGACGAGGAGAUGAAUAUUCUGGUCAACCUCUCAAAGGAUGACUGGAGGGAGUUUCGAACCUUGGUAAUUGAGAUGGUAAUGGCCACGGAUAUGUCCUGUCAUUUCCAGCAAAUCAAAGCCAUGAAGACAGCCCUGCAGCAGCCAGAAGCAAUUGAGAAGCCAAAAGCCUUAUCUCUGAUGCUGCACACAGCAGACAUCAGCCAUCCUGCAAAAGCAUGGGACCUGCACCACCGCUGGACCAUGUCUCUCCUGGAGGAGUUCUUCAGACAGGGUGACAGAGAAGCAGAGCUGGGGCUGCCAUUUUCUCCUCUAUGUGACAGAAAGUCAACCAUGGUUGCUCAGUCACAAGUGGGUUUUAUUGACUUCAUUGUGGAGCCCACCUUCACUGUGCUCACGGAUAUGACUGAAAAAAUUGUGAGUCCAUUAAUCGAUGAAACAUCCCAGACUGGUGGGACAGGCCAGAGGCGCUCAAGUUUGAACAACAUCAGUGCCUCAGAUGCAAAGCGACCAGGUGUCAAGAGUUCUGGGUCAGAAGGAAGCGCUCCCAUCAACAAUUCUGUCAUCCCUGUUGACUAUAAGAGUUUUAAAGCCACCUGGACUGAGGUGGUGCACGUCAAUCGGGAGCGGUGGCGGGCCAAGGUGCCCAAAGAAGAGAAAGCCAAGAAGGAAGCUGAAGAGAAGGCUCGCCUGGCUGCUGAGGAAAAGCAAAAGGAAAUGGAAGCCCAAGACCAAACUGAACAAGGCAAAGCUGAGAAAAAGACAUCUGGAGAAACGAAAGGCCAAGUCAAUGGAGCGCGUACAAACAAGGGGAAGAGCCCCAAAGGUGACAAGGCCGGAGAGAAACAGCAGAAUGGUGACUUGAAAGAGGGUAAAAAUAAGGCAGAUAAGAAGGAUCACUCCAGCACCGGAAAUGAUUCAAAGAAAACAGAUGGAUUCGAAGCUAACCAGGCUCCCCAGUGUCAGAUGGAAGAAGACUUAGAGCAAGGAGCAGAUCCAGAAGAGUAGAAAAGACCUCACAUAGACUGGGGCUGCCAGUGUCUCAAGCCAUUUUAGCCGAGCUUCUUCAUUCUCCUUCUUCCACAAAGACCCAUGUCUGGGGAAGGUGUACAGCUUUCAAAACCAAGUCCCACAUUUGGCCUUCCCUCAUGCUGUCUCCUCCCAGGGGCCUCUGGGGGUUGGUUGGCUUGUGGUCUUAGAAUUAUGGGGGAUUUUUUUCCCCCUGAGCACACAAACUCCACUUGAGGUUUGUUUUGCUUUGUUUUCAUUUUGGUUUUGCCCCACCCACACAGCAGAAUGCAAAUAUAAAAGGCCAUUUUACAAUCCAUCACUAAUAAUCUGGGUUUCACAGCACCUGUUGAGCCUGGUGAAAAACUGACAUCCUGGAUAUGCUGAAUGAGACUUGGAAAAGUCCCCCACACGGUGACUGCCAUUUUGAUUUUGUUAGUGCUGUUCACUUAGAAUGGUGCCUUUCAUACUGGCUCAUGAUGGUGAUGACAGCCAGGCUGGCUUUCAUCACAACUAAAGUGAAAUGCCAAUCUCUGGUUCUUUUUACCAGUUGAGAACAUUCAUUUUCUCCAGUUUAUUUUAAAGCUUAAAAUUUGUUCUUAUGCUUUUUCCCAUUUGUAUAAUAUGUACUUGUUUAUCUUUUUAAGAGGAGAUUAUCCUAUAGGAAUAUGUAUUUGAUGCUUAAUUUAUUAUCUGUAAAUCCCUGAAUAGAAAUCUGAAUGUGUUAGCUGGUGACCAUGCUGUUGGUGGGUCCUAAGUGUAUUCGCUGGGUAGCAUCCCUUGCUAAGAGGUCACUGAAAUGUUGACUGCUUCCUGGUCCUUUUCUUUUGGGUAUCUAUAAAUUGGCUUCAUUACUUUAUAAACUUCUUAGAAAGGGAAGUGAUAAGGGACCCAGAAUCAGAGAGCUACAUCAAGUAAUAAUUUUCAUUUUAGUAAGAUUUUAACACCAUGAAGGAGCUGAUUAGUAGCACAAAUAGGAAAUAAGAAAAAUAGAUAUGGCAGGGAGAGGGGAUAAAUAUAGAUUAUCCUGAAGCCAAACUGAAAAUGGAAUUCAGUAGAGUGCAAGGAAAGUGUAAUUUUUCUCUCUCAUGGUGUGAUUUGGAUAUGAAUUUUUUUUAUUAUGCAGUUUUAGGUCCCUUCUAAAGAGUGCCAUAUAGAAUUAAUGACAGAAAGAAGAUGAGCUAGGUAAUGAGCUUGAAUGAGUAUCAUAGAUUUCAUUUCUAAAUUAAAGUAUAAAGACAGAUAUUUUAUAGUCUCUGUCUGCUUUAGUAAGUUAUUAGUAUUUCUGCAGCGGUUAGAGAAGACUGUGUGUGGUCCUUAUGACCUCUUGACUCAUAGAAGUAGGCUUCAGCAAGAAGCUGUGAAGAGAGUUGUUGCCUGGAACACACACUUACCUGAUUUUUACACAACUUUUCUCUAUUGGUUGGACAUUUGGCCUCAUUGUAACACCGACCCUUUUCCAUUGCUCUGCCAGCUUUCCUAACAGCAAAUCAUGAAAUUCAGAUUUAAAUGACUUUGGGAAUGUAAAGGCUCAAAAGUAUGACUAGAACAAGCCAUGAAAUAUCUAAUUAUUAUAAUACAGGGCAAUCUGAUGGGCUUUGAUAUCAAGGAGACAGUAAGGAAGAAUGAGUAUACUGGGCAAUUGCUGAGGGUGGCUGUGGAGGAACAGUGAGGAUGGUCAGGGUUGGUGAGGCUUGGUGUGAGGGAAGAGUGAAGAUGAUGAGGACUGGUGAGGUAGAUGAUGUCCUAAGAAGGCAACAGCCCAGUAUCAUGGACUAUAUUUGUUUUGUGUAAGAACAGGGGUAACUGGGUACCCAGGAUUUGUAAAUUACCUCCAGUUUUACACAUUGGCAUCUAACUCAGAUGCUUACACUGCACCAGUCAAACAAAAAUGUGCUUAUGAGCUGUAUGCAGCCCAGGGGUUAUUGGCUUGCAAGCUGUGUUCUUGAAGGUAGAAUGAUUCUGUAUGCCAAUUAAAUACAAUCAUACAAGUGUA